GCUUCCCCACCCCACCUCUCUCUCCGUAUAUAUACUACCGUAGGAGCGACCGCUCCGUAGUAGGAGUACGUGGCUAGCGAGUAGUCAGAAUGGGCUCUUGUGGUGGGAUGGUGGUCUCUCGUGGAUGGCCUUGCGUCCUGCUCCUGCUGGCUUGUUGCUGGCUGUGCGAGGCCGGCGCGGGGUUGGCCCCGGCGCUAUACGUGCUCGGCGAUUCGCAGGCGGACGCCGGGACCAACAACCACCUGGUGACGGUGCUCAGGGCGGACCACCCGCACAACGGCGUCGACUACCCGGGCUGCAAGGCCACCGGCAGGUUCAGCAACGGCAAGAACUUCGUCGACUUCCUCGCUGAACAUCUGAAGCUACCGAGCAGCCCUCCUCCAUACCUGUCCAUCUGCAACACCCCAAGCAGCAAUUCCAUAUAUCUGACUGGUGUCAACUUCGCUUCAGGAGGUGCAGGGGUAUUAAAUCAAACAAAUCAGGGUCAGUGCAUCAGCUUCGACCACCAAAUCGAUCACCAAUUCUCCAAGGUGAAUGCAUCACUGGUGCAGCAGCUCGGCCAGGCUCAGGCUUCGGCACACCUGAGCAGAUCGAUCUUCGCCGUUGCAAUCGGUGGCAACGACAUACUCAAUUACGUCCGUCCAAGUCUUGUGAACCAGGUGCUAAGCCCUUGUCCUCCAACUCAGUCUCCUGAUGAGUUUGUCUCCUCGUUGGCUCUCUCGCUGAAAGACCAGCUGCAGAGGCUGUACAAACUCGGGAUGCGCAGGAUGUUCAUCAUCGGGGCAGCGCCACUGGGGUGCUGCCCGGUGCUGCGGGGGAAGGACGAGUGCGACGCACUAGCAAACUACAUGUCAGCUCAGUACAACAUCAAGGUGGCUUCCCUCCUGCGCGACAAGUACCCAGAUAUGCUCUACUCCUUGUUCGACCCAUCCAUUGCAUUGCUCGAUUACUUCCAGCGACCAGAAGCAAACGGUUACGCUGUGGUGGAUGCAGCGUGCUGCGGGCUAGGAGGGAAGAAAAACGCCAUGUUUAGCUGCACUCCGGCCAGCUCCCUCUGCAACAACCGGACCAACCAUGUUUUCUGGGACUUUGUGCACCCCACGGAGAUCACCGCGCAGAAGCUCACGGCAAUUGCCUUCCACGGAUCAGCACCCUUCGUGACCCCCAGAAAUGUUGGGCAGCUAUGUCCUAUGUGACACUGCCAUUUAGGCAAUGCUGCACCGAUUGCACAGUCACUGUUGUUUUAUGCAAACUACUGGGUUGCGACCUGCUAUUAUGUUCCUAGUAAUUUUUCUUAUCUUUUCAACUACAAAUAUGCUAGUUUAGAAGAUUUAUAAUAUAUGUAUAACCCUUUAUGGUAAUGGUUGUGUGCAUCAUUUAAUGCAGAGCCAG